AGAGGGAAGGUGAGAGGGCAAGGAGUAAAGGUGGCUGGGUGGGUAUGUGGGUUCGUUGAAGCGAGCUGCCUCCAGCCCUGUUGAACUGGUGGGCCCAGGGACUGGAGCUGGAUUGAAAGGGACCUUGCUCUCCCUUGAAGCUCUCCCUUGAAGCCUCGAGUUGCAGCGAUUUCAGUGUCUUCUCUCCCUGUGUAAGCCUGUCUGGGUGUUUAGGCUGAACUACAGCCACCCCCUCUUCCGGGGGUGUGCAGGCCAGGGACUGGCCAGGCAGCCAUGGCUGAUGAGAAGACCUUCCGGAUCGGCUUCAUUGUGCUGGGGCUUUUCCUGCUGGCCCUCGGUACGUUCCUCAUGAGCCAUGAUCGGCCCCAGGUCUAUGGCACCUUCUAUGCCAUGGGCAGCGUCAUGGUGAUCGGGGGCAUCAUCUGGAGCAUGUGCCAGUGCUACCCCAAGAUCACCUUUGUCCCUGCUGACUCUGACUUUCAAGGCAUCCUCUCCCCAAAGGCCAUGGGCCUGCUGGAGAAUGGGCUUGCUGCUGAGAUGAAGAGCCCCAGUCCCCAGCCGCCCUAUGUAAGGCUGUGGGAGGAAGCCACCUAUGACCAGAGCCUGCCUGACUUCAGCCACAUCCAGAUGAAAGUCAUGAGCUACAGUGAGGACCGCCGCUCCUUGCUGGCCCCUGAGAUGGGGCAGCCGAAGCUGGGAACCAGUGAUGGAGGAGAAGGUGGCCCUGGCGACGUUCAGGCCUGGAUGGAGGCUGCCGUGGUCAUCCACAAGGGCUCAGACGAGAGUGAAGGGGAAAGACGCCUAACUCAGAGCUGGCCCGGCCCCCUGGCCUGUCCCCAGGGCCCUGCCCCCUUGGCUUCCUUCCAAGAUGACCUGGACAUGGACUCCAGUGAAGGCAGCAGCCCCAGUGCAUCUCCACAUGACAGGGAGGAAGCUUGUUCCCCACAACAGGAACCUCAGGGCUGUAGGUGCCCGCUGGACCGCUUCCAAGACUUUGCCCUGAUUGACGCCCCAACGUUGGAGGAUGAGCCCCAAGAGGGGCAGCAGUGGGAAAUAGCCCUGCCCAACAACUGGCAGCGGUACCCAAGGACAAAGGUGGAGGAGAAGGAGUCUUCGGACACAGGUGGGGAGGAACCUGAGAAGGAAGAGGAAGACCUGUACUAUGGGCUGCCAGAUGGCCCCGGGGACCCCCUCCCGGACAAGGAACUGGGUUUUGAGCCUGACACCCAAGGCUGAGAUGGUUGUGCUCCGUAGCUUCUAGUCUGGAACUGCUGCUGACCCCUGUGUGACAUCACAGGGCCUCAGUUUCCCUAUCUGCAAAAUGGGAUGAUAUGGAGGUUCAAUGAGAUGGUGGCAUUUUGAGAAUGGUAAAGAAAUACACAGGGAGGGGAUGAUGACUAUUAGUUGGCUGUUGUUUUUCCAAUAGUUAGUGGUCUUUGGCCAACCUUUGAAGGCAAAAUAUGAUUUGUUGAGGUUUGCAGCAGCUGAAGCCCUCAAAAGCAUUUUCCACCUUCCCCCAAAGCUGACCUCUGAGAGGAACCUUCCUUGGUGCUCCCUCUGGGUCCCUGAUCCUUUGUGAAGGCCUGUCAGGUUUCCCAUUCCUAUUGUGUCUUAUAGUCCACUUGGUAGAUGGCGUGAUCCGUCUUUACACAGAGGGAGCCUCAUCUCCUCCUGGGCCACAUUCCUCCUGCAGCUCCCAUCGCUCCUUGGCCAGGACCCAAAACCUUCUGUGACUGACCCCUGCUGACCUCAUUCUCUCUGGUCCUCCAAUUCCAAGCCUAGCCCCCCUGCCCAUCUUGCGGCUCACACUCUUGCCCAAGCUGUUCUCCUCCACCAGGAUGCCCUUGGCUCCCUUUUCAGCUUGGCAAAUUCGUGCUCACCCUUCAAACCCCUACACAGAUGACCUCCCUUGGAAAGGUUUUCCUGAUGUCGCUGCCUCCUGGAACCAGGCGGUCUUGCUUCUCUGUGCUGCCUUUGGGACCUGUAUAUUUGUCAGCAUGGCAUGGCUGCCUGCCUCCCGUUGAAGGGCAGCAUCUUGACCUUUACUCACCUUGAGAUCGCCUGUGCCCAGAUGGGCCUUUGGCCUGGCCCAGAAUCGGUGGUCAUCAAGGGUAUACAGAACUCACCAGGAUCCAGGAACCUGUUGCAGAUAAAAUCACUCUCCCCCACGUUCCCAACUUUUAGACUCACAGCCCUCUUACUUUCUAGCAUUCAAACUUCUAAAUGGCCUGUAUGUAUUCACAAAGCAGGCAAAAAGUCCCCAGAGGAACACCACCCCCACCCCUGCCUCUGGAAUACAUUUGCUUUGACUUGGAAUUGUAGGUGAAAUUCAUCUUCUUGGCCUACUUCGGUUUGAAUCAGUUGGCUAGCCAGGUGCGGUGGCUCAUGACUGUAAUCUGAGCAUUUUGGGAGGCUAAGGUGGGUGGAUCACUUGAGGCCAGGAGUUGGAGAGCAGCCUGGGCAACAUAGCGAAACCCUAUCUCUACUAAAACUACAAAAAUUAGCUGGGCGUGGUGGUGCAUGCCUGUAGUCUCAGCUACUUGGGAGGCUGAGCUGGAGGAUUGCUUAAGCACAGGAGAUGGAAGUUGCAGUGAGCCGAGAUCGCACCACUGCACUCUGGCCUGGGCGACAGAGUGAGACCCUGCCUCAAAACAAAACAAUUGAAAUUGGAUGGCAUUUAGUGAGCAUCUACUAUAUGCCAGAUAUUGAGCUGUGAUCUCUAGGGGUAAAGAGACAUGAACUACUGACACCGUCCUUGCCUUCAGAGGGCUCACAAUCUAGUGAGCUUGAUUUCUCUGAGUGCAGAGCAGAAGCUGAGGUGGGAACAGAGAAGUAAAAAAUGGACACACCAGAGGCAGAAGAGUGACAGCCUCCCAGCUGUUUGGGGCAGUUGAGCAUGGUGGGAAAUUGCUCAAGCUGUCUCUGCAGCCCCUGAAGACAUCACUGUACCCUAUUGAACCAUCUCAGGGUGAUGCUAUUGUUAUGCUGAUCCCUGCAACGCUUGCCUGUGCCCCAGCCCAGGAUCCUGGCAGCUGCAGAGAAAAUGGCAGUAACACUACCUCAAACCAGGACCACGCCCUCAGAGCCUGCGCCCUGGGCCACCUGAGAGUCGGAGACCUUCACCUGGGCUAUGGGGCUCCGGGUUGAGGCUAGGGGUCCCGGCCUAGGGAAGGGCUUCCGGGUUGAGGCUGGGGGUCCCGGCCUAGGGAAGGAGAUGCCCCUGUGUGCUGGGUUACAAGGUCAUGGCCCUAAGAACACACUCACUUUUCUUUCUGGGUCAUUUCUGCCUCUGCAGUGAAGGAUGCCACAGGGUACACCCUCUCUGCUGUCAUGACUCAGGACAGGAGUUACUGGUCACAGCUGAGUCUUCGGAUGAGGUGAGGGGUAACAGGCUCCUGUGCUCUUUUGCCUAAGGCAGGGCAGUCUACAACCCACAUUAGAAAGAGCGCCAGCACUAAGGGCUAAAAUAAAACCACUUUCAACAUUUAAAGGGGUCAUCUUCAUUCACCUGCAAAUUCUUUUCUUUAAAACCACCCCUUCCCUCGGGGCAGGAUACGUGAGGCCUCACACCUGGCGGGCACCACAGGCCCUCUUCGGGAAGUAAGCCCUCACUGCAGUGGCACGACCGUGGGGAGUGCUGUGGUGCUGAAUCUCAGGAGUGAUCCCCACACCCCUGAACCACAACCGCAGGGGCUUUAGACUUAAACAAGAGCCUCUGGUUGCUGGGCCUGCCAGCAGGAAGAUGCUAACCCUGGCAUUGAGUUAGCAUCUGCAGGGGGCUUGGGGCAGUGGAGUGAGAUGGUGAGACCCAGGCUUGGUCUCCCUGGCUCUUGCUGCAUGAUGGGGAGACCACACACCUGAUCUGCCCAGGAAGGUCCCGGUUGACACCGACUGCCUCUGCUAAGUUAUUAGGAGGCCCCUUUCACUCUCAAAGAUACCUCAUUUGGAUGAUACAAUGUUACCUUACCUACUCUGUGACCUUUGACAAGUCUGGUUGCUCUGUAGCCCUCAGCUUUCUCAUGUGCAAAUGACAGAUGAAGUGUGCAUAUCUUGGAAUCUUGGAAGUGAUGGGGGUGUUUGAUGGGACCUAUCUUGUCAAUGCCCUGCAGCCAAAGACCACUGGGAGCACCUGUGGUUAACAAGCUGGGUUUCUCCUUGCAGUAAGGGGGAAUGAACACCAUGGGAGCCAGGGGUAGUCUCUGAAAGAGGUAUUAGAAAGAACUUGUUACUGGAUUUGGGCCAGUGCUUGGUGGCUUGGCGAGGGUUUAAGGAGCAGGCCUUUGCUCUGAACCAGCUGCUGUCAGGAGGUGGGGCUCAUUCUAUGACUGGGUAUCUUCUUCAACCUUAUCUAGGAUAAAAUAAAAUCACAAAACUCUGUGCUUCACGCCCCUGGCCUUGCCAACUUGCAGUCCCCUCUAAGAGCACCAGAGCCUCUGGGGCACCCCCUCUCCACUGGGAGAGGAGCAAGGUGCUGGUGAAGGUCCUGGGGAGAAGGUGGGGAGGCUCUGAAAGGGUCAGGAGGGGCCUUUUGGGGUGGCAAAGCCUGGGAUUCUAGGGUUCAGCUCCAGGCUCCAGGUGUGUGUGCCAGGGUGAAAAUUCCUGCUCUUGGUCACUCUCCUGUCAGGUUGGAGGGACUCUGGAAGUUUCCACCCUCUGGGGAGGGAAAGGCCCUGGAGGGAUGGCCCCUGCCCUUAACUGGAAAGGGUGGGCAAGGGAAGGCAGGGGGCCCAGGGGCAGGGAACCUGGGCUCUGCCGACCGCUUGCCGUGACCUUGGGUACAUCACAGCCCUCCCUGGGCUCCUCUAUUCUCUGUAAAAUUGGGUGAGGGUGGGCAGGAUUCCACUUCUGCUCCCAGUCCCUGAGCACUGUGUGCCUGUCACCAUGCAAGACACCGUCACCCCUAUUACCCUAUCUAGUCCGUGAAACAGCCCUGGGGGACCAAUCUGUCGACCCCACAUUGCAAAUGUUUGUUAUAAAUCCCAGACUCCAGAAUCAGAAAGACCUGGUUUUACCUUCAGCCUCAGCCAGUUCCUUGCUGUGUGGCCUUGGACAAGUCACAGCCCCUCUCUGAGCCUCAAUGUCCACAUUUAUGCAGUGGGGAGGAUAAUACCUCCCUCUUGGGCUUUUGUGGAGAAGAACUGGGUAUAAUGCCUCAGGCACAUUUAGGUGCUUAGACAGUGGUGGUCUUCUUCCCUCUCUGGGUCUCUUCCCUCAUCUAUGCAUCAGGGAGCCACUGUCCUGCCUAUAAAUAAAACAAUAGGUGAGUGCAUUCACCGGGAGGAAGAUGCAUGUAAAAGCUUUUUGCAAGAGGUAAAGAAAGUCUGUGUGCCCAGUGCUGAGAGGCAGGUGAGCCAACAGCAAGUGCAGGGACUAAGGUGUAUAAAAUGCCUCCUGUGGGGCAGGAGGGGAGCAGCAUGCUGAGUGAGAGGGGCAGCACCCUGGAAGCUUGGAGGAGGAGCAGGAUUGCUUGUGCUGUCAGACAGGUGUCAAACAGGGUUCCAGGCAGCUGCUGAGUGUCAGGUGCUUCCCAUAAAUCAUUUCGUUGAAUUUAACCUUUCCAUCUUCCCUGAGAGAUGGGUAUUACCAGGGGAGAAACUGAGAUUCAAACAUAGGUCCUCUGAGCCUGUGCUCUUCCCACGAUGCCACCUGGUCCACAUGUCAUAAGACUCAACAAUGCACCUGCUGUGCUGUGCACACUUUUCUUCAUUUCAUCCUCGCAGCUUGCAAGGUUGGUGUAUUGUCCCCGUUUUAUUUUUAUGCGUUUAUUUAUUUUGAGAUGGAGUGUCGCGCUUGUUGCCCAGGCUAGAGUGCAAUGGCGCGAUCUCAGCUUGCUGCAACCUCCGCCUCCCGGGUUCAAGUGAUUCUCCUGCCUCAGCCUCCCAAGUAGCUAGGAUUACAGGCGCCUGCCACCACACCCAGCUAAUUUUGUAUUUUUAAUAGAGAUGAGGUUUCAUCAUGUUGGCCAGGCUGGUCUUGUACCCCUGACCUCAGAUGAUCUACCCGCCUCAGCCUCCCAAAGUGCUGGGAUUACAGGUGUGAGUCACUGCACCCAGCUGUCCCCAUUUUAUAGAUGAGGAACUGAGGCUCAGAGAAGCUGAAUUAUUUGCCCAUCCUUGCAGAGAAGAGCUAAAUGGAGGAGAGGAGGUAGAGCUGCAGGGCCUUCUGUUCCUGCCAGGAAUCAUCCAGUAGCCCCAGGCUAUUCUGACCCUAGUGGGACAGGAGAAAAAUCAGUAUCAAUAAGUCAGGCAGCAAGGUUCCACUGAGCAUCUCCCUGUGCCUUUCUCUGUGCUAGUGUGGAGGGAGACACUCCCCCGCAACAUCUUCCAUGACUCCCUAUUGCCCACAAGAUAAAAGUCAGAUUCCUCAGGCUGGCAUUUGAGGCCCUUCAUGAUCUGACCCCAACUGCCCCAUCCAGCUGAAUCAUCUGCCACGUGCUCCCGUGCAGCAGCCCCAGCAUCCUCACCUUUCCGGCCACCCUGCCUUGGCUCAUGCUGUUCCCUCCACCCAGGUGCCCUUCAUCCCCUUCUCUGUCAUCCCUCAAAUGCUACCUGUUCCCUGGAGCCUGAAUUAGCCCUGCUCUCCCCUCCCAGUGUGGAAUCCAUCUCCACUGCACCCUCUCCUCCGAAUCCCUCCUAAACUGUGUGCCCCGCUCUGUCCCCAGCACUUCUGAAUGACUAGCUGUGUGAGCACCAGUCUCCCCGCAUGGACUGGGAGGUCCUUCAAGGACAGGGGCCUCUUCCCCGCCCAAUACUUCUAUCCCCAGGACUUAGCAAAAGCAAGGAACAGUAGUGCUGGUGGAACAGAACUGAACCAAACCGGGUGCCCACUCUGAAGGCCUCAUGGCCCAGGGGCAUGGACUACUGGCCCAGGGCUGAGGAGCACCAGCUUUGGAGUAAACAGCGCUGGGUUUGAGACGAGGCUUCCCUACUGGCCAGCUCUGUGACUUUGGCCAGGAGACUUAGCCUCUCUGGCCCUCAAUUUCCUUAUUAAUAAAUUGAGGUUAGUGAUAUCGACCCAAUAGGCAUAUUGUGAAGAUUGGAUGAGAUCAUGCAUAUUGAGUGUAGCAUGUGCCUGGCACCUGGUGAGCCCUCAGUAAAGUCAGUUAUCAUUGUUAGUGUUGUCCGCAGAGAUGAUGUUACAAUGUGUAGACAUCAGGUGCCCAUGUGCACCUGGGUCGUUCAAGCCUACAAGCACUGUGUCAUCCAAGCACAUGUAUAAUUCGAGCUUUGUAUCGUCAGUGCUUCCAAGUGCCUGUCAAUGGACCCAGCUGGGCUGGUGGCAUCAGACUCUCCUGGGAAACUUUAAAAAUCUAGUGUCCUAGAACCAUCCUCAGAAAAGUCUGGGAUGGCCUGGAUUUUGCAUAAGCAAGCCCGGUGAUUCUUAAGUGCUGAAGGGCUUAGUUGUUUGUUUUUCUUAAAUGAGUUCUCAAACAUUGGAUAGCUGGUAGGCAACCCAGAGGAGGUGGGAGUUGCAAGCCAGGACUUAAAACAGUAGAAUGAAGGGGUGAGGGUAUCUCAGGCAGAGGGCAUGGCAUAGGCAAAGCCUUGGGGGAGGAAAGGAGGAAGAAGGAGACUGUCCUGGCUGGAGUGGUGGAGGACAGGGUCAGAGAGGGAGGCCCCAGCUUGGCCAUGGGGCUUCUUGAAUUCCUGCCACGGAGCUCAGAUUUGUUCUGAUGGGCAAGGGGGAUUAAUUGAUGAUUCUUGAGCAGAGGAGUGACAUGAAAGAAACAUUCAGGUCAUAUACUGUCUAACAGAUACAAAAGGGAAAGGUGGCACGUAUUGGUGGCAAGAAGGCUGGUUUGUGCCCUGCGGCAGGGAUUUCGUUCUCAACCUGCCCUGUGAAAGGUUUUUUCCACUCAUGUCACUGGGUGGAUGCCAGGUCAGGACUGAAGCUUGCAGAGCCGGUGUCCUGGAUUCCUCCUGGCUGACCACAAAUCCAGCAGAGCAGGGCAGGGAACCCUGUGGCAGAGGCUGUUGCUUCCCGCCAAGACACCAGGGCCCUGGCCAAGGCAGUGCUCAGUUCACAGAUGACCCAGGACAAGGGCAAAUGAGGGCCCCAGUGACUCAGGAAGUCCCCAGGUCAGAAAAUGGGCCCCACUGGUGAUUCUGCAGAUAGUCCCUGCACAUCCCGGAGAAGAGCAGACACGGUGUGGUGGGUAGGUGGAUGAGACCAGGCUUUGGGGAUCAGAUCAGCAAGCCUGGGGGUAAGGAGGGCUAGAUUUUAUCUAGUCAUGUGUUCAUUCAUUUGUUCACUUAUUCAUUUAUUCUAACCACAAACAGUAUGCACCUGCUUUGUGCCACCCCCUGUGCUAGGUACUGGGGGAAGAGACAUGCAUCUGACCCGUGCUUGUCUUGGGGGAACCUCUACUACCCCGGGCUAACUGCAGAGUGAACAGUGACAGGUCAGUGCUGAGCAGAGGGAAGCACGGCGGGGAUCUGACCCCACCUGGAGAGCCGGCAGGAGCUUCUCAGAGAGGAACUCCCACCAAGCUAUGUCCUGAAGGAUUCGCUAGGGAAGAACAGGGAGGGAGAACAGCUUGGGCGAAGCCUCCAGCCCUGAGCCACCCCACCACGUUCCAGGAUUGACCUGGGGUAGAUGUGAACUAAGCUUAGAAUAGGAGCGGAGGGUGGCUGGAGAGGACGUGGGUGAGUGAGUGACUGGGGACUGGACCAGGGCGGGCUGUGGAUGUUGCCCUGGAGCACAUGGGAGGCCCCAGUGAUGGACAAGGACAAAGCUACAGUUUCCAUGGAAGGAGGGCUUUGCAGUGCUCAGAGCUGCCCAAAGAAUGGGUAGGAACAUGUCUGAAAGAGGUUACAGUUCCUAACGGAGAGAGAGAGACAGAGAGAGAGAAGUAGAAAUCAGACAGGAAAAGAAAGGGAAUUCAUCCACUGGAAAUAUCUGUGAUCCCACAAAAGAAACAAAUGAAAACAUGGUUAAAAUUAAAACAAGAAGCUAUGUUUCACCCAUAACACUGGCAUCAUUUUGUAAAGAUGAUAUAAUAAAGAUAAUAAUAGGUGGAGCUGGCAGAAUGUGGAGGAACAGAGCUCUUUCUGAUGUUGCUGAUGUGAAUGGGAGUGGUGGCAGCUUUUCUGUGAGUGCCUUCACAGGGGGCUGCCCCUUGAUUCAGCAAUUCCACAUGUAGGAAUUGCUCAUUUAUUCUAGUUUUGUUGUUGUUGUUGUUGUUUGUUUGUUUGUUGUUUUGAGACAAGGUCUUGCCGUGUUGCUUAGGCUGGUCUCAAACUCCUGGAUCAAGUGAUCCUCUGGCCUCAGCCUCCUGAGUAGCUGGGAUUACAGGAGCACGCCACAGUGCCUGGCUUUAUCCUGAUAAUUUACCCUAAGGAAGAAAUCAGACAACUGUGCUCGACUAUACUUACAGAAGGCAGUUUAUCAUAGCAUUGAUCAUGGUAGAUGAAAUGUGGAAAGAAUCUCAAUGUUCAGCAACAGGAGACUGGCUAAGACAUCAUGCCACAGCUAUGCAAGGGACAGAUACACGGCCAUUCAAAACAGUGACCCUCCUGAUUGAAUCAAAUCCCCUAUCACCACUCUCACAGCACCACAGAUCUCUCUCCUUUGUAGCAUUUAUUACCAUCAUAAUUUUACAUUUCUUUGUGAAUUUCUUUGAUGAAUUUCUAUCUCCUUCAUUGGACGCUAAGCUCUGUGAAGGCAAGGACUCUAUUACGUUCAUUAUUGUGCCCUCAGUGCUUAGUUAAGUUCCUGGAACACAGUAUCCUCUCAAUAAAUUGUUGUUAAAUGA